GAAGCAGAAGAGCGAGAGAAGGAAGGCGCAAUCAAACAGGAUAAAUUGAUUCUGUCGACAGCAAAGGGAAAUCCAAAACUGAAGGAUUUGUUUGUGAGGCCGAAUAUCAUCGCGAAACGAGUGAGUGGCUCGUUGGAAGCACAUGCUAAUGUUGGUGAUGCAUUUUUGGGAUGGGAUUCGUGA